CAUCCGGACGUGUUGCCUCUUUAUUUUGACACUGGGGAGAUUUCUCUGGUGUUUUGCUGCACUGACUCUCAGCUGCUGGUUGGUUCAUCUUUCAACCCUCAAGACGAGACAGACCUGCUGUACUUUACUCACCCAGACAGCCGCUAUAAUGUCUGAUUUCGAGGAAUUUGAGAAGCAGCUGAGCGAGAACCGUCAGGAGAGAGAAAGAGAAAGACACAAAAAGAGGAGUCGCAGUGGAUCUCCCGGCCGAGGCGACAAGCAUCGCAGCUGGAGCAAAGACCGAGGGAGUCGCAGCCGAGAGAAGAGAAGCCGAAGCAGAGACCGGAAGAGUCGGGACCGCCGGAGCUCCUCGCGGGACCACAAGAAGCACAGCCGCUCUCCGAGGCGAAUAAGGAAGAAAAGAACCUGCAAAUAUUGGGAUGUGCCUCCUUCUGGCUUUGAACAGAUCACACCAAUGCAAUAUAAAGCUAUGCAAGCGGCUGGGCAGAUACCAACAAUAGCUCUGUUGGCAACUUCCACCGCCACCGGAGUGGCUGCAGCUCCAACACAAGUGCCCAUCGUUGGCAGUCAGAUGACGAGACAAGCCAGACGCCUCUACGUUGGAAAUAUUCCCUUUGGAGUAACUGAAGAGUCCAUGGCAGAGUUCUUCAACGCUCAGAUGAGGCUGGCGGGACUUUCACAAGCCCCAAGCAACCCGGUACUGGCUGUGCAGAUUAAUCAGGAUAAAAACUUUGCUUUCCUAGAGUUUCGGUCCGUAGACGAGACGACGCAGGCGAUGGCCUUCGAUGGAAUCAUUUUUCAGGGUCAAUCACUGAAGAUUAGACGACCUCACGACUAUCGGCCUUUACCUGGUAUCUCAGAGCAGCCCGCUAUCCACGUCCCAGGCGUCGUCUCCACAGUCGUUCCCGAUUCCCCCCACAAACUGUUUAUAGGAGGCCUGCCGAACUACCUUAACGAUGACCAGGUAAAGGAACUCUUGACAUCGUUUGGGCCUCUCAAAGCAUUCAAUCUAGUGAAAGACAGUGCCACGUCACUGUCAAAAGGUUACGCCUUUUGCGAAUACGUAGACGUCAGCGCCACUGAUCAGGCAGUUGCUGGGCUCAAUGGGAUGCAACUGGGCGACAAAAAGCUGAUAGUCCAAAGGGCGAGUGUAGGAGCUAAAAACGCCAAUCCUACCUCCAUCAUAGAGACCCCGGUGACGCUGCAAGUCCCCGGGCUUCAGAGGCUUCAGAACUCUGCCCUGCCCACGGAGGUGCUGUGCCUUCUCAACAUGGUGAUGCCCGAGGAGCUGGUGGACGACGAGGACUACGAGGAGAUCCUGGAAGACAUCCGCGAGGAGUGCUGCAAGUACGGCAGCGUCCGCUCCAUCGAGAUCCCCCGACCCGUCGACGGUGUGGAAGUCCCCGGUUGCGGAAAGAUCUUUGUGGAGUAUGUUUCUGCUGCAGACUGUCAGAAAGCCAUGCAAGCUCUCACCGGCCGCAAGUUUGCCAACAGAGUGGUGGUCACCAAAUACUACGAUCCAGACAUGUAUCACAGACACGAGUUUUGAAAGCACAGACAAGUUUUCUCUCAACUCCUCUGAAUGUCGUGAACGCGUCCAAGAAAAAAGACUUGUUUUAUUACAUCUUCUACUUAACAAACUGGACUGCAGUGUGUGUUCCUUCACUGAAUAUCUAACUCCCAGCUUUAGCUUUAACACCCACAGUGAACUGAUCUCAUUCUCAAUUUAUAAAAUACUGUAGUAUCCAUUACAUUUGUAGUAGAAUGAAUGUGACAUGUAUUACCUAAACUAAUACUGCCUGACAAUGCCAGAGUAGCUGUCUUAUCCAGUAUGCACUAUAUGAGAAAAAAAAAACAGUCAAAUGUUUAGAUUUCCCUCCUGAGCACAAACAUUCAUUUCUCUGUUUUAGAUUUGAGAAGCCAUCAUAAAUGUUUAUUAUGGGGCUAUGAGAAAGAAAUCUGAUUCUGAUUCUGAUUCUGAUGAGAGAAAAAAAAAAAGUAUUAUUUUCUUCUAUACAUCACCUAUUAAUGUUCCUUAAACAUAUACGAUGCUAUUACCUGCACUGCUUACAUAGACCAAAUGUCAAUUGUUUUUUAUAAUUUUUUUGUCAGAACGGCCUCAAAGGUUAUUUUGUAAAUAUGAAAUAUUAAAUUAAUUGAGCCUAUGGCCCACUGAUGAAA